ACUGGACCGGUAGAUCAAAAUAAACCUUGACAAGAACAGAAACACUGAGGAGAGCUUUACAACACACAGAAGCAAGGAACCAGUGAAUAUCUAUACAAAUGGACAUUCAGAAAGGCCAACUGGUAAUGCCCGUAGGUCCUAUGGAGAGCCUGGAGAAGCAGCUGAGCUGCCCCAUCUGCCUGGAAAUGUUCACCAAGCCGGUGGUCAUCCUGCCCUGCCAGCAUAAUCUCUGCCGUGGCUGUGCUAAUGACCUCUAUGACUCUCGCAAUCCCUACCACUACUCCGGAGGAAUCUUCCGCUGCCCAACAUGCCGUUUUGAGGUGGUGCUGGACCGCCAUGGUGUCUAUGGGCUUCAGAGGAAUCUCCUUGUGGAAAACAUAAUUGACAUCUACAAGCAACAACUGGAGAACAGUGGUGGUGGUGGUGGUCUGGAGCCUCCUUUGAAGGCCAAGGAUACAAAGGAGCCAAUGUGUGAAGAGCAUGCAGAAGAGCGCAUCAACAUCUAUUGUAUUUCCUGCCAGGUCCCUACAUGCUCCAUGUGCAAGGUUUUUGGCCAGCACAAGGACUGCAAAGUAUCCACCCUGAAGAGCGUUUAUGAAACCCAGAAAGCUGAGCUCCAAAAUGCAACUGAGUUGCUUGCAACUAGCAACAGCUGCGUGCAGGCUAUGCUAGUGCAACUAGAGGACACCAGCAAGACUGUGGAGGAGAACAGUCAACUACAGAAGCAGAGACUGGGAGAGAAGUUUGACUUACUCUAUGCAAUUCUGGAAGAUCGUAAGGCCCACCUGCUGGAGCAGAUCACACAGGAGCAGGAUGAGAAGGUAGCAGUGGUGCGAUCGCUAAUUCAGCAGUACAAAGAACGGUUGGAGGCUAGCAGUAAGCUGAUGGACCAAGCUACUCAGAGUUUGGACAACAGCAACAUUGCUGACUUUCUCAUCAAUGCCAAGAAGCUCAUUGCAGAAGCCAAAGACACAGCCAAAAACUCCCAAUUACAAAGGCCAGAGCCUGGCUUUGAGAAGAUGGACCACCUCAGCCUGUUUACUGAAGAAGUAGAAGACGUCCUCGCAAAAAUGGACUUUGGUGCAAAUGAUGAGGAGGAGGAGGAAGAGGAGGAAUUUGAAGAGGCAGAAGAGGAAGAAGAGGAGUAAUCAUUGAAGAUCUUUGUUUGAUACAGAGACUUUUUAUGGAGUAAGAAUAGAUGAAGAAAUUAUAACAGCUUUGGUUAGCACAGGAACACAAUAUAGCUGCUUUUGAAAACUGUGAUGUGUGUGUGCAAUCUUAAAAGCGUUUUUUUACAUGAAAAAUUGCACCAUUUCCACUUUCCACUUGACUUUUAUACUUUUUUCUAUUUAUACAAAUGUUCAUAUUUAAAUAUUUCGGUUAAUAUUCAGGUUUACACCUAAAUAUUACAUUUGUUAGGAUUGUUAACUGAAAAUAAUUUUUUAGCUGUAGAAUACAGCUGUUAGCAUUUAGUUUUAGUGUGUCUGUCAAAAUUGUUGAAUACUUGAAAUGAUGCAGUUAACUCAUGAACUACUGUAAAAGUUUAUUGUCAUUGGAUAAUUCAAUGGGA